AUGGGGAAUCAGUUGGCUGGAUUAUCUCCUUCACCAGUUGUCAAUGUUGAGGAUUAUUUAUCUGAAUUAUCUGGUCUAGUUCGAUUUGAAGAAGAGCUGUGUGGUUCCAGACUGUUUAAAGUUGCUAAAAUAAGAUGUGUUGAUGGUAAUAAUCCUCGUUCACUUGUAGUGAAAAUAUUCCCUAAUCCAAAUGUAUCGCAAUUAUUAUGGCGUUAUCAGGCUAUUAUGUUGCCUUAUUGUCAUCGUAUUAACUCUGGUUACAAUUUGCUAUUUUUCAGCACAUCAUAUAUUACUGAACGCUGUGGAGUGCUUAUCAGAGACUUUAUUGACCAGUCAUUAGCUGAUCGUCUAUGCACUCGACCAUUUUUGUGUAUUGAAGAUAAACGUUGGAUCGCUUACCAACUGUUAUGUGCCAUUGACCAACUUCAUAGUUUUUCAACUAAAAUUUAUGGUGCAAAUUCUAGAGCUAAUCAUUCAUGUCUUUGUCAUGGAGAUAUUAAAGCGGAAAAUGUACUGAUCACCUCUUGGGGAUGGGUUUUAUUGGCUGAUCCAGCACCAUUUAAACCGGUUUGGCUACCAUCUGAUAAUCCUAGUGAAUUUACGCAUUUCUUUGAUUCAUCACGUCGACGUGUUUGUUAUUUAGCACCAGAGCGCUUUGUUGAAGUACAGAAUUCUGGCGCAACAACAACAACAACGGCAAUAACCACUGCUGAAACAAUUGGCUUGGAUGCAGCACAUUUGGAUGUUAGCAACACGUUGAAUAAAAUACCAGAUAGUCAUUUAGAAGAAGUGAAUCCACACUAUGAAGAUUCAAAAAAUAAUCCAAGUGUAAUUGUUAAUGAAAUAGGUGAUAGUUCAAUCCAAGGGUCAACUACAGAAAGCGAAUCAAAUGAAUUUAGCAAAGAGAAUAGCACUGAACUGCAUAAACAACUAUCUAUCGAAACUUCAGAUAUGAGUAAUAAUCUUCCAAAGAGUGAAUCAUCUUACUUUAUUGAAAAUUCAAGUGAAAUUUUAACUCAACUCAGUAUGAAUUCAUCACCUUCGCUUAUACUCAAUGCUGAUUACUGUGAUAUACAAAAUUCGAAUGAUGAAGUUGAUUUAAAACAACGUACAAAGUAUAAUUCAUUUAACCUACCUGAAUUGAGUUGUCAUUUAACGCCUAGCAUGGAUCUCUUUUCGAUUGGAUGUGUCUUGCUGGAAUUAUUCACUGAUGGAUCAAUCGCUUUCACAUUAGCCGACUUGUUGGCCUACCGUCGUAAUGAUCAAAGUCGUUUAGUGAAGCUCUUAGAACAGAUUCCAUGUGAACAUGCAAAAUCUUUGAUCUCUACAUUAUUAUCAUUGGGGAAAGAAGAUCGUCGGACAGCUACAGAACAUUUGGAACAGCAACGGGGUAAAACUUUUCCCGAUGUCUUUUAUACACAUCUAUCACCAUAUCUUCGAAAUUUUUUAAAUCCAAUAUUGAAUUCUCCUGAUUCAAGAAUAUCAUUUCUAAGAUUUACUUUGACAGAUUUCCUUCAACAAGUUACUACUUCAGGAUUGGAAAAUCUAAGCACUGUUUCAGUUAUUCUAUGCAAUCUAAUUAUCAGUGUUUUACGACCUACAGUGCAUAGUCAAACUACACAAACUCCAAUUACAGCUGCUGAUCUACCAGUUUUAUCACAAGUUAAUAAAGUCAACGUUGAUCCUUUUAAUAUGAUACGGACCAGUUUGAAUUCUUCUACAACAUAUCAUCAAUUACAAUCGAAUCGUUUAAGUGAAACGGGUAAAGUGAAUGCAUUGAUAUGCCUACUAGAGAUUGCAUCAUAUAUGCAACCGAGUCUACUUAUGGAUCGUGUAAUACCCUAUUGUAUGGAGUUGACAACUAUGUCACAUUCUAGUGAAGUUCGAAGUUUAGCUAUUGAUUCAUUGACGCAUAUUUUUAAAUUAGUUACAAAGAAAUGUGAAAAUAUAUCCGAGUAUACAUCAUUCCUAGAGGAGACAUUUUUAACGGAAUAUCUUUUUCCAAAUUUGUCACCGCUUAGUGCAGAUCCAAAAUCUGAAGUACGAUUAACUUUGGCUCGAUGUUUACCUACACUGGCAACAUGUUCUUUAACGUUUAUGAAUUUUAUAUCGAAAAUGCGUGUGGAGUCUAAAGAUAUAAAGUACAAAUCGCCUGAUUUUAUACACGACUAUCAAAGUGAUCAUAAAACUUUAGAUACUUAUCUAUCUUUAUUGAAAUCAUGUAUACAAGAGCGAUUAGUUGCUCUAUUUUCCGACACAGAUCCAAAUGUUCGUCUUGCUUUAAUGAAUACCAACAGUCUAUCAUCUCUGGCAUCAUUUUUUGGUCGUUCACGUACAAAUGGAACACUGUUGUCUCAUAUGAUCACAUAUCUGAAUGAUAAGGUUAAGCCUGAAUUGAGGGCAGCAUUUUUUCGCGAAGUUUCUCCGUUGGCUUUAUUGAUUGGAGCUCAAUCAGUUACCAUCCUUCGAUCAUUACUUGAACAAGGUCUUAUAGAUCCAGAUGAUAUGGUGAUUGAAGAAUGCCUUAAGUGUUUGAUUAAUCUUUUGCGCAGGCGAUUACUUAGCGCUCCUAUUGCUGUAUCAUUUCUAACACGUGCACUCGCCUUAACUACACAUCCAUCAUUACGAAUUCGUCAAGCAUCUAUUGCUUAUAUUACAACAUUCGCUCGACUUGCUGUUAACUUUGCUGAAAAAUCACAAUCACGCAUCGUAACUCAAGGAGAAGAUACCGAACCUACAGUACAUCAUUUUUGGCCAGGUAUUUGUAGUCCUGCUAGUGUUUAUGCUCGCUUGGUGAACAGUGAAGUCAAUAAAACCAUCUUUCGACGACCUGUACACUUUUGUUUCACGAAUGAUGCAGUUCUCUUGAAUAGUCUACAUCCGCCAAUUAGUCGAACUGUUUUAGAAGCUUUGGUAUUUAUGCCUUAUUCAUCAUCAACUUUGAAUUCUGUGAAUUUAUCAACAUCAACUGAUCUUAAUACACGUGUUGAUAGGUUGAAUCAAAUUUUAAAGUUAUUUCAAGAAAGAAAAUCUUCACGUGCUAUCACUAGAAGUGGAGAAACUCCUUGCUACACUUCAUCUAAUGAUGAAUUUAUCGAUUCAUUGAUAUUAAAACUCAAAUCACUGGGACUAACAGAAUUAAUGGAAUCACAAUUUGUAAAUUUAUCCAGUUAUAUUUUGAAUUUAUGUCGAAAUGGUCAUCCUCAGAGUAUAUUUCAUUCUCUUAGUCCAAAAGUUAAUCGUGUUUUUCCUAAAUAUAAAAUCUAUCCCCUUGAAAAUGGGAGUAAAAAGUUUUUAAGUCCUAAACCUGUUCAUCAAUGUACAGAUCCCAAAGAUUUACUGGCAGAUCCGUCGUAUCUACAAUGGUUACUAUGUUCACCAUUAAAACGAUAUGUAAGCCUUUUAUGGGAGCGUUUACAGUCUGGCCGACUUUCUUUGCACCGUCAUACAUUCGAUUCUGGUAGAAAGAUUAUAUUCGGUCGUAGUCUAAUAUUAUCUCCAUCCUUAGCAUCAUUCAUGGGUACCGAUUACUCAAAUUCAUCAGCUAAUCCAUUUAAUACAAUUCCAACAAAGACAGUGUAUGGAGAAGUGUUUUCAUCAUUUACAGAAAUUGUUAAUCCAUUGUUUGGUUCACGAUCAAAUUCACGAAAUAUGUUUGAAGUACAAUGUGAAAUGCCUAUUUGGCCUGAAUCACGUCCUCAAGGUAUAAUGUUGGCAAAUCUUAGAGAGCAUCGUGCAGGUAUGAUAAGUUUAGCAACUCAUAGUUCUGGCAGAUUGUUAGCAUCAUGCUCCAGUGGUGAUGGAUCAGUGAAAUUAUGGAAUUGUGGAUUUUGGCCGACGGAAUCUGAUGGUUAUUUAGAUCAAUCAACUACUGGUAAUCAUUCUGGACGUAUCAAUAGUACAUCAUCUGAAUUCGGUAUCCAGAAAUCAAUGAAUUUAAAGAAUUCAGAUAUUGGUUUAGCGUAUUGCUUACCAACACGGUCAUCGUGGACAUUCAAUUGUACCGGGCAAGAUUUAAGUGAUUCAUUGUUUAAAUCAUGUCGAGGGAUUGUAUGGACAGCAAAUGGAUCAACUUUGGCUACAAUACUUGAUGGUAAAUAUCUACAACAAAUUGAUGCGGCCACUGGUCGAUCUAAUGGAACUAGUCAGUUAAUUACGAAUGAAUCUGGACGUGUUGUGUGCCUAAAGACAUCGGCAUGUUGUCAUUUUCCUUCUCAAUAUAAUUUGGUACAACAGGUUAUGCCAACUGGAGGUGAUGUGAAUUCAAUUGCUUAUGCUACAACAAGUAAUCAUAUUGUUGCUCGUGAUGUACGCGUACCAAGCUCUAGUUCUCCUGUAUGGAUUUUGAAACAAGACAGAGCUCAUGGAUUAAUACUUUCAAUGGCAAUGCAUAGUUUACAUACAUGGCUUGUGACAGGAACUAGUCGUGGUCAUCUGAUUUGUUGGGAUUUAAGAUAUAGACGUCAAAUAGCCUAUACAGAACAUCCAUAUCAACCAGGUGUUGGAAUUUCGAAUCUGUUGAUUGCCGAAACCCCGUGUCCAGGUGAAAUGGAUGCAAAGUUUCCUGGUCAAAGUCGUACUCAGUCGUCUGCGAAAACAUGUCAAGUUGGACAAACUCUGAUAAUAGCAGCUACCGACCAUCAUAAUGAAGUAACUAUCUGGGAUUUAGAGUCCUCUGCAACGGCAUCAUCUGCAGCUAUAUCAUCAUGUAACUAUGGAUUGCCUGGUUCUCUUCCGCCAGUACGCAGUACAGGCUGUUUAGCAUCUACAUGGGCUCAACCAGGAAAUGGGACACCACUUAUUCUUGACAGCUCCUUACCACACCGGUCAGUUCGAGCUAUUUUAUGUCUACCUAACAAGAAUAUGAUGGCGUCUAAUGAAUAUUUUAAACUCAAUCCUCAAGCUGGUCAUUUACCAGCUAUAUUGGCCGGUGGUAACGAUGCACGUUUGCGUUAUUGGGAUUUUAGGAGACCUGAGGACUCUUGUGUCUUAGUGUGGGCUGGCAAUGAUGAAGAAGCUCUUCCACCGAAAGUAACAUAUCGGUCGAUGGAUGUAAAUGACGUUUAUGUUUUGGUUGAACAAGUCAAUUCCCCUUCCGGUGUUGACACACCAAGCCUACUAACAAAAACGGUAUACACGGAAUCAUCACAGAGACCAAUGUCAAUGAAUACAACAGAAUCAUCAUCAACAAGCAUUGCAUUUCCUACAUCUGGACGUUUAGAAUUACGAGAAUCAACUAAAGGUCAUAAAAACAUUAUAUCUGAUCUAACUAUCCUUCAAGUAGGUCAAGCGUUUCUAGUCUCUUCUUCAAUGGAUGGAGUUAUAAAAAUUUGGCGAUAA